AAUCAAAUAAAAUUCUCGAUUAUUCUUGCUUUUACUAGAAUUUUGUCGCAUUUAAGUAGUUGAGUGGCAGAAAAGUGUAUUUAUCAAAUAUUUUAUGCUUUGAAUAAGACGCUAAGAUGGAAGACGACCUUGAUGUUUGCACAAUACCACCCGGUGGUGAAUCGGAACAUUCCGUAAUCACAGAAUCACUGGAAAAACUAGAAAAAGACGAAGUUAAGUCGAAUGCGAUUGUUCGCUUCUUGAAUGUGCAAAGCACAGCACCGUUUGCCAGAUUAAAAUGUAACACCGAUUUGAAUUUGCCACCUUCGAACUGGUUGAAUAAUUCGGCCAAUUCCUAUGGACUGGGACAGUUUCUUUCCCAGCAGAGAGGCUUCAGCAGCUUUCGGAUGGCGAACAUGUUUCCCGACUGCGUUGGCGGUGUGGAUGUCGUUUCUGAUGCGGAAAAUAUAAAGCGGCUGCUAAAGUUGCCCUACUCGAGGAAAAGUGUCAUUUCGAUGAUAGUUCAUCGGAUUGAAAACACACUGCUGAUUGAUGAGUUUGAUGUGGCUCGUUACUUGUUACGUCAAGGGGAGAGCGAGUGGCAGUGGUUGCGGUCGUUUAUAUACGAAAAUAUACUGAACAGUUUAAGUGACAGUGAGAAAAAGCUUUUCAUUCAUACAAAAUCACGGGAAGCACUGGCACAUAAGUAUUUGACUUCGAAAUUUCUGUACUACAGUCUGCGAGCUGACGAAGAAGGUGAGCAUAAUGAAGAGAAUGAGUUGCUGGUGGAUGAAGACGCGGGAUGCCAGAAGUUCAAGCCACUACCGCUGGCGGGACCGAUCUUACCCGAGCCAGACGAGGAAGAAAACUUCCCAGAUCCACGUCAUACGAAUCACGUAUUUAAUCGGAAUGUUGUGUGGACCUUCGAGGAUAUUCGAAUGUUGAUUGGCACCGAUAUGCCCAUUUUUGGUGGAGCAAACCGUCCAUGUAUUAGCCUGAGAUUGAGAGACGAGACCAAGCCGAUCAACGUACUAACCGGUAUCGACUAUUGGUUGGACAAUUUGAUGUGCAACGUACCGGAGGUGGUCAUGUGCUACCAUCUGGAUGGUAUUGUUCAGAGAUAUGAACUGAUUAAAACAGAAGAUUUACCGCAAUUGGAAAAUUCAAGGUUCUCCCCAAAGGUGAUACGAAACGUCGCUCAAAAUAUACUGGCUUUUUUGAAAGCUAACGCCACCAAGGCUGGCCAUACUUACUGGUUAUUUAAGGCCAAAAAUGAUGAUGUUGUGAAAUUAUAUGAUUUGACUACGCUGUGCCAAAAACAUGCCGCGUGUGAAACGCAAAACGAGGAAGAGAUCGACGAAGAAGAUCAGAAAAAUCAAAAUCCAUUUACUAUUCCCGUGGCCAUGCUGCUGUACACUGUUGCUAGAAAUAUGAAAAAUUCACCGGAAGGAAUAUCGGCAACCAAGGCCGGUGCUAUCAAGAUGCUGCUAGAUAAUUGCAUCAAAUUGUUGCCGAAAGAAAAGUAUCCCCAGAUUGUGACUUCCUCCCAUUACAUUCUUUCCGAUCUGCACAUCCCAGCGGAAACGGAUCCCGGCUCUCCUAAGUUUAACACUACACUGGAUGUGGAUGAUGAGGAAUUGGACGAAGAAACGGAUGCCAGUGCUUCCCCACAGCCGGAAGAAUAUGGGCCAGAUCAUAUUAACAAUCGGCUAGAAGCGGCUAUCAAAAGCAUUGAGGAAACCCUCCAGGAAUAUAACGGUGGCAAUGGAGGCAGUCGAUGGCGAUACAACGCAAGACCACCGCCAUUGGUCGGUGACAUCGAGGAACGUUGUGAAGUUGCCCUGCAACACAUUGCCGAUGGGUUGAGCUGCUUACAGUAUUUCGAUAGCAGUGAAGAGCAAAAAUGCAGAGAAAAAGAAAAGGCAGAAGAAAAACGCAAAAUAUACCACGAAGAAACUCAUCCGAAUUUGGCAAAAUCUGACGAUCCGAUUCCGCUUCCGUACUGUCCACUCAAUCCAGCACCACAAAUGGCCGAUUCUGACGUCCCGAUACCCAUGGGUUGGAAACCGGACACAAACGGAAGCAACACGAAGUCGUGUGAAGUCGGCAAAAAAGUUUCUAAGAAGAAAAACAAACGGAAAACCGACAAAAAGAAAGCGAUCGCGGAUGACACCUCGACUGAAAUCGAUGCCCGGUCGCUCUUGCUUAAGGGUGAAAUGGGAGUUAUUAAAUCGUGGAACGUCCACUUGAAGAUUUUGCUUUUCGAAAAGGCAUGUCUUACCUAUGCAACGCUGGCGGAGUGGUUUUACUCGUUGGAGAAAUUUGGAACUUCUCUCCGCUUUCUGUAUUCGGCGGUACGUUGCCAGCAAGUUGUUACCAAAUACAUAUCGUGUGUUUCGUCGCAACGUGGACUGCUGCUUGGUCGGAUAGGUGACUGUUUCUUUCAACUCACCAAGAAAUGGGACGACAUUCAAAGUCACUUGAAAGAAUUUAACGAAGAAAGUCGAAUUGAUCAAUUGAUUAUGGAUGAAUUGGUGAAGGAUAUUGGUGACGGCGUGGAGCAGUCCCUUCCUGCACCGGCGGACAACAUUGAGCAGCUCAUGAUUACCAGUUGUGGUUGCUACGAGGCAGCUCUUGCUAGCACUUCCAAUAACGACGCAAAAGACGAGUUGAAUCGACGAUUGGGAAGUGUUCGCAAUGAACUGGGCGUUAAAUAUAUGCAUUGGGCACAGGAAGAGUAUCAGCGGUUUUGGGAGUUACCGGAGGAAGAACGGGAACCAUUCGAGAAGCCACAGGAAGAGCCCUGCAAGGUUGAGCCACUGUAUCAGGUGCUGGCAAAGAAAUCGUACGAUUCCUUGCAGAAAGGAGUUGCUCUGUUUGAGGCAGUCAACGAUAGCACCAAUCUCGCGUUUCUGCUCUGCAACAUGGGAAGGUUUAUGCGGUUCCGGGCGCAUAUCCAUCUGAUUGGUGAAAGUCCAAACAACGUAAAUCUCCAGAAAAAGUUUUAUAAUGAAGCAUUUACACAUUACCGGCGAGCACUAGCGGUGUUAGGAUCGAAGAAGAAGAAUCCUGACCUGUGGUCACUGGUAACGUGGGAGCUAUCGACGGCAACAUUCAAUUUGGCGAAACAAUUGCAAGAUUACAGCGAAGCAGACCGCCAUGGAAGGCACGAUCAGGAAGAGAUAGAACAAGAGGUGGUUGAUAUGCUCCAGAAAGCUUUGAAAAUCUGCGACCAGGAGCAAAACGGUCCACGGCAUGUGCUGUAUGCUUUCCGAGCAGCUUUGAUUCAUCAUAGAAUCGCAUCCUACUAUCACUUUUCGUUCCGUUCCGCUGCCGAAGAACAUCGCCGUAAAACGACCCUGCAACUGUGCAAGCUGCACUACGAGAAAGCAGCGAAAAUGUUCGAAAGUCUUAGCGAACCCCAAGAGUAUUUGCAGAUUCAGAUGGAACGCAUUGCUCUGCAAGAGUACCAGUGCGAGCUAGCUCAAACGAUUCCGGCCAAGCUUAGGCUACUUCAGCAGGCAGUCGAUCUUUGCAAGCAGAGUCAACCGAUGAUCGAGUGCCUCUGCACCUCGAAAUCCGUGGUUAGCACAACUAGCAACAACAUAGAUUUUGAAGAAACUCAAAAGCUUCUCGAACUGUUCGAAAAGCGUCUCCAAGUCAUACUAAAAACCAUAGCCAAACUAUGGCUACUGUCGUCGAGUACGACAAAGAAGGGUGAAUCGGACCGGCAAGCCACGCACUACAAGGCGCUGUUUGGAUUGACCUUACAGAAACGACCCGCGGUAUACACUGCCGAUGAUUCCACGCAAGGCAGCUCCAGCUCUGCCUCGAACAAUGUGAUUAAGGAAGUUGCCUUACACUUAGUGAAUCUGCUACAGAAAAUUUGUGAUUUAGAUAAGACCAAUCAUGGGUGAAUUCGAUUCCGUUGAAUUCUUUUAUUUCUCGUACAAUGCAAAGCUUGGCAACGAUUAUCAGUAUCUAAUUUGCGUAAAACAACAAUAA